AUGCCGGCGUCGAACGAUAAAAAGGAACGAGGCCCCAGUCAACUUCGUUCGCCUGGGAGACCUUCGCUUGGCUGGGCGGCAGUUAUGGGGUAUGGACUGGACAGUCCGCGGAGAUUGUGCCGGGUUGUUGGACAAGAUAAAUGGUGUGGAAAACAUUACAAGCCAGGUCUACCCGCUCAACCACCAGGAGGAAACUUUCCGAUUCCUACGACUUCGACCAAACCUCUCCUUCGCUUCGAGUGUUGGCCUGGUCUGCGACCUUACGUCUCCGAGCUCGAUUCCACCGGUUCGGUUCUCUUCUCUGUGUCAACCGUUAAUCAAUCACCUGGUGCGGCGUACGACCCCGUUAAAGAUGGAUCCGUUUUUCGCGUUUCUGCGCAAGUCGAUGGAAAAGACGUCACCUCGAACUUGAAUCUGUCCGUGAACACAGUCAUUGAGGAGGACAAGUUUACUUGGUCCGAACUUGGACUCACUCCGAGAAAGGAUGUAUACAACCUUACCUGCACUGCAACUUCUGCCAGGAGUGGGAAUAGCUUCCAGCACAGUUCCACAAUAACCUACUUGCCUCCUAAACCUGAUGCUAUUGGAAAUGUUGUCCAGACCGAUGGCCGAACGGGUGCUCUGCUGGUAUCCGAGGCUGGUAAACGAAUUCCAAUUUUGCCAUUUGGAUUCUACACCGGGUUCGGGGGGUAUUUGGACCAAAACUUGACGAUUUUGGAUGAUAUCAAGAAGGAGGGAUACAACUUCGUGCACCCAGUCCCCACGUUUGAUAAUGCAACCGCUCUCGAGCUCGUGUUGGAUCGAAUGGAAGAACUGGGGCUAUGGCUUGUGUAUGAUAUGAGAUGGACAUACAAAAACCUCACAGUUGUCCGUUCAGAAAUCGAAUCUGUCAAGAAAAGGAAGAAUAUUCUAACCUGGUAUACCGCGGACGAACGGCUGGGAAGAUCUCUGGAUGCCCCCCUGAAAGCCGCGGAGUUAAUUAACGAACUUGAUGGGUACCAUCCAGUUGCCUUGGUUCUUAAUUGCCAAGACUACUAUUUUGCCGAGUAUACCGCUGGGUCUCAGAUUAUCCUCCAAGAUACAUACCCAAUCGGAGUUAACGCGACAUGGUCUACCGUGUGGAACACACCCUGCACGCCGGAGCUUGGGGAUUGCGGAUGUGACAACUGCGAGGGCCGAUUGGAGGAUAUCGCCGACCGAGUCGACCAGUACCGAGAUCGACUUGUUUGGCAAGGUCGAACCAGGGACGCAGUUGUUUGGAGUGUGCCUCAGGCGUUCGGUGAAGAAAGCUACUGGCCGAGGAAGCCUACGUCUCAAGAACUCGCUCUUGAGAUGCUUCUAGCUAUUAAUCACGGUAGCCUCGGUAUCAUGCCUUGGAUAGACAGCUCAUCCAAUAUAGGAAUCCGCACUGGUGUUUCCCCCGUGGCAAAAACUAUUCCGACUCUCACGCCAUAUAUCCUCGGAGGAAAGAGUGUCAUCUCCAGGCCAAAAGUUACAGGCGCAAAUAGGAUAGAUGUAACAACUUGGUCCAUGGGCGGAAAAACGUUGCUCAUUGCACUCAAUCUCAACGACGCAUCCGCUCAAGCUCAUAUCCAACUGGAUCAAUCGAAUUCUAACCCAACAGUUCUCUUCCAGAAUGGGGUAAAGAUAUUGAAAGAGAGUAAGAAUGCAGUUGGCAUCCAGUUUCAACCGCUGAGUAGCAUAAUUGCCAUAUUGUAA